AUGGUACAGAGCUAUCUGCGACACGGGCCGACCCAGGCCUUUGGUUUGGUCUGCAGCUCUUCGUCCAACUCGUGCUACGAUGGAAAGUAUGCGUACGUCCCCGCUUUGGAGGAUGUGCUCGUGUGGGACGUGAAGAAGGGUGUACAGGUCGCAAUGUGGCACGAGACCGGAUUCAGAUCUGAAGUCACUUGCAUCUUGCACUCGCCUCAGCCAGACAUCUUCGCGGUUGGGUACGCCGAUGGAUCAGUUCGCCUCUGGAGCGCUUCCGCUGCCUCUGUCACCACCACUUUCAAUGGUCACAAGAAGGCUGUGACCGUUCUCGCGUUCGAUGAGAAGGGAACGCGGCUCGCGUCUGGCUCGCAAGACACGGAUCUCAUCGUCUGGGACGUAGUUGCCGAGGCUGGCCUGUUCCGUUUGCGCGGUCACCGCGACCAGAUUACUGCCAUACGAUUCCUCCAGAGCGCCGACAAUGCGCCCUCAUCCUCUACUGCAACUGCCGCAGGCCUCCUCCUCACCUCCUCCAAAGACACGUUCGUCAAGCUUUGGGACCUUUCUACCCAGCACUGCAUACAGACCGUCGUCGCUCACCGAACAGACGUCUGGUCCCUCGCCGUCGACGCCGACGAGUCCCUCUUCUUCACCGGCUCUGCAGAUGGCGAGCUCAAAGCCUGGUCCAUCGACCGCGACGCGCUUGCCGAGGGCCUCAAGGAGACUGAGUCGGGCGACAUCGUCAAGAUAAUCACCCCCGCCGCUACCCUCCCGCUCGCCUCCAAGCACCGCGUGGCGCAGAUCGCGUUCCAUCCGACGAAGCCGUACCUCGCGGUGCAGUCGCACGACCGCACGGUCGAGAUCUUCCGCAUACGCACGGAGGAGGAGGUGCGGAAGAAGCAGGCGCGCAGGCAGAAGCGCGCGAAGGCGAAGGGGAAGGAGGUGCCCGUCGCGGAGGAUGCGGAGGAGAUCCAGUUGGUGGAUCUGUUCACGCCAUAUCUCGUCAUCCGGGCGAGUGGGAAGUGUCGCUCGUUUGACUUUGGGUCGGAUAACUCGAAGACGGGGGCCGUUCAGAUUCUGCUGGGACUGAGUACGAACUCUGUCGAGAUCUACUCCAUCCCACCUCCGACGAAGAAUAAGGAAUCUCCACCAGAGGCUUCGCGCCUGUACACCGUCGACAUUCCUGGGCAUAGGACUGACGUCCGAGCGCUGUCGUUGACCCGCGACGACCAGAUACUGGCUUCCGCGUCUAAUGGCUCCGUCAAAAUCUGGAACAUGAAGACCACCUCCUGCAUCCGCACCAUGGACUGCGGUUAUGCCAUUUGCUGCACCUUCCUCCCCGGCGACCGACACCUCGCCGUCGGCACCAAGUCCGGCGAGAUCCUGAUAUACGACGUUGCGGCGUCCGCACUCAUCGACACCAUCAAGGCGCACACCAGCACGGCGUGGUCGUUGCAUGUGCGGGAGGAUGACGAAGUGCUUGUCAGCGGGAGUGCGGACAAGGAGGUCAAGUUCUGGGAGUUCGAGUGGAGACAGGAGGGGAAGGAGCACAGCGGUCGCCAUUUGACGCUCGCACAUACGCGUACGCUCAAGAUGUCGGACGAGGUCUUAUCUGUGCGCUUCAGCCCCGAUGGGAAGUUGCUCGCAGUCGCCCUGCUCGACGCUACCGUCAAGGUCUUCUACCAAGACACCCUCAAAUUCUUCCUUUCGCUAUAUGGGCAUAAGCUUCCCGUCCUCGCCAUGGACAUCUCUGACGACUCGAAGCUCCUCGUAUCCUGCUCCGCGGACAAGAACGUCAAGAUAUGGGGUCUCGACUUCGGCGACUGCCACAAAUCGUUGUUCGCGCACGAUGGGAGUGUGAUGCAGGUCGCGUUCGAGCGCAGCUCUCACUACUUCUGGAGUGUCGGCAAGGAUGGUUUGUUGAAGUACUGGGAUGGUGACAAGUUCGAAAACAUCCAGAAGCUCGAGGGCCACCACAGCGAAGUCUGGGCGCUCGCCGUCAGCCAUCAUGGUAAAUUCGUCGUUACUGGCUCGCACGACAAAUCCAUCCGCGUCUGGGAGAAGCUCGACGAGCCGCUCUUCCUCGAAGAAGAGCGCGAGCGUGAGCUGGAGGGCAUCUACGAGUCCGGCAUCGCCGACGCGAUGAAUGUCGACGGCGAUGGUGAGGAGAAUCGCGCGGAGGCAACCGCAGUGAGCAAGCAGACGACGGAGACGCUGAUGGCGGGCGAGCGCAUCAUGGAGGCGCUGGACCUCGCGGACAAGGAGCGCGAGACGUUCGCGGGGUACGAGGAGGCGGUGGCGAGGGGGGAGGCGAUGGGGUUGCAACCGCCGCCGAGAAAUCCGAUUUUGGCUGCGUAUGAUGAGGAGCCUGAUGCGUAUGUGCUGAGGGUGGUGGAGAAGGUACCGAGUACGGCCCUGCAGGAUGCGCUGUUGGUGCUGCCCUUCGACAAGGUGGUGUCCUUGAUGUGGUAUCUGAACGUUUGGGCUCAGAAGGACUGGAACAUUAUUCUCACCUCUCAGAUAAUCUUCUUCCUCCUUCGCACCCACCACCACCAAAUCGUCGCCAACCGCAUAAUGCGCACGUCCCUCAUUCCUCUUCGCCGUCAUCUACGCGCUGCACUGCAAAAGCAGAAGGAGGUGCUCGGUUACAACCUCGCCGCGCUACAAUUUAUGAAGCGCAAGGUCGAUGCAGACCGCACGGCUGAGUUCUACGAGCAGGAGAUGGACGAGGAGAAGAUUCGCGAGAAGAUCGCGGAGGGGAAGAAGCGCAAGCGCGUCAGCAUACGUGCUUGAGCGGGUGGACGUUCGGCAGAUUGGCAAGUAUCAUUGUGCAUAUCAUCAUCUACUAGUCAUGUUGUACAGUACGCUUCAAGCAAAAAUAACGGAGAAUGGGCGAUCAACGCUCUCGAAUUCCAGUGGUCUACAGGCUGCUGAAGGACAUGCUGCGCAUCGCGGUCGCCAGCUGCUUCGUCCCUGUCGUAGCGUUCGCUGCUUGCAGCAAAGAAUCGAUCUCCUGUAUGUAGCGCGUCGCCGUCGCGAAUGUGCGCUGCCGGGCAUCCCUCUCCCAGGCGUUCAUGGUGUUUUGUUGCUCCCAUAAAGUGGACAUGUUCGCCUCGAGCUGCAAUGCAUGUGUUCAGU